AUGGAUGCUGAUUCCUUCAUCAUGGCCCUUCGCCGGUUCAUUUCCCUCCGCGGCAGUCCAGCCGUCGUAUAUUCGGACAACGGCACGAAUCUGAAGGCAGGCGGCAAGGAGCUCGCCGAAGGAAUCAAAAACUUAAACUCUAUUCGCGUAUCAGGAGAAAUGGCGGACCGUGGAAUUGACUGGCGGUACUCGCCACCAACCGGCUCACACUACGGCGGAAUUUGGGAGCGGCUAACUGGCUCCAGCAAGGCAGCAUUGCGUGCCAUUCUCGAGACCCGCUCAGUUAACGACGAAGUGCUGCGCACCGUGUUUGCCGAAGUUGCGUCGCUCUUAAACAGCCGACCCCUCACCCAUGUUCAAACGGACCCGAAUGAGCCCGAGCCGCUGACCCCGAAUCAUUUUAUGCUUGGUGGACCGCACCCUCAUCGUGCACCCGAUCGAGAAGAAGCAUUUGACGGACUAACGAGGCGUCGCUGGAAGCAGGCCCAGUUUAUCGUCGACCAGUUCUGGCGACGAUGGAUGAGAGAAUAUCUUCCCAGUCUCAUCGAGCGCAAGAAAUGGGAAAAAUCAGUUCGUCCUCUUCUAGUCGGCGACAAGGUCCUAAUAAUGGACGAGAACAACAAGCGAGGAGAAUGGUUAAUGGGCUCGAUCGUGGCCGUUCACCCGAGCCACGACGGAGUCGUGCGGAAAGCAACAGUCAAAACGGCUAAUUCUGUGUUAAUCCGACCCACUGUUAAACUCUGUUAUAUUUCAGAACAUGACAUUGCCAUGGAAAAGCAAGAUCACGAAGAAACAAAGGCAAGUGACAGCCCUGAAAACGACACCGCGCAAACAAGUGAUCAUUUGGCAGAUGAAAAUGUUUCACAACAACAAGAUGACGUCGUCAACGUACAUCGACCUUCGUCGGAAGAUAAUACUUCUAACACAGAAGAAUCCGACGACGAAACAACAUCAAUUCAGCAUGACGCAAUUAACGAAGAUGACUCCGCACUCGCUGAGGUUGAGGCUGAUGAUGAGCGUCCAUCAUCAGAGCCCAAAGAAGAUGUGUCAACUGAGAAAUCAGAACAACUUCGUGUUACCAGACGCCCGCAACGCAAUCGACAAAAGCCUCUGCGUUACCGAGAUGGAGUCCAAUAA